AAUGUUAUGCAUGUGUAGAGGAGAAUUCUAAAUUUGUCACGCGAGGACACUUGAAAGAAAACAAUGUUUGUACAUUGAGAGAUAUAAAAAAAAAUAUGUAUACAACGAAACAUAAAUAGACCAGGUCAGAUUAAACUGCCUGUGUGUCGGGACCAUUCAGUGAGAAUAUCAUUGUCAACACGGGGAAAGUGGCCUUGACUGUUAUAUAGGUGAAUGAAUGUCGCAUUACCGGCGAGGAAUGAAAACACGGUAUAGUGCGUAAAUUAAAAAAAAACUGACUCGCAACUGAAAGGUAAGCAUUAUUUGUACCAUGCACUGAGGAUUAGGUGUUUACUUCUUUCCCAUGUGCACAGGUGAAACGUGCAUACAGAAACGUGACCGCUUUUACUACGAUUGUUAGAUAUAUGUCAACUGAAGUUAAAUGACCAGCGGGGGUGACCAGAAGAGGUGACCAGUAGGAACGAGCGUCAGCAACGACGAACUGUGUGCAUAGAAGAAUUUACAACAACAUGGAAAUUGUUAAAAGUUACUAUCCAUGAAAGAGGACAGAAGAUGUAAUAUGAUACCAGCGGUUUGAUAAAUCCACGGUGCAGCUUAUAAGUCCGAUCCAGGCGAAUGUUUGAGGGAGUUUAACACGGUGACCUUUUUGGUGACCUUUGUGGGUUUUUUUUUUUCGUGGUCCAGUGACGUCGUGGCGGUUUGAUGCAGUGACGAAAUGUUGAUUGACAAUAGUAGCUCCGUGGAGUUUUCUUGUGAAAAAGGGGACUUCUGGAACGAUGGUAUAUUUUCCGGAUCAGCGCCGAAUUUCCCGGAUUGUUUCCUGAACACGGUAUUGGUUUGGAUUCCGUGCGGGUUUCUUCUUUUAUGUUCACCUUUCCAGAUCGCCACCUUGUGUCGGAGCCACACUGGUUUUCCUUUAUAUCUCGGAGUUCUCAGCGUCUCAAAAAGUGUGUUGUGUAUAGUCCUAACCCUGUUAACAUGUGUCAGUAUCGUUCUAACCUCAUCACGUGGUUACCAUUGUCAGUCGGGUGUGUCGGCCCCGGACGAGUUCUAUGUUGGAGCUGGUGCCCUAAUUUUUGUAUUUGUGUAUUUAUCAAUACUCACUCAGAUUCUUCGUAAAAAGCGCGUCAUUUCGUCCGGAAUUGUGGUUACAUUCUGGGUUCUACUACUAGGCUGCAGCACCGUCUCGCUACAGUCUGCCAUUUCCUAUAGGCCGAGUUGUAGCACCAGCAUCCUGUAUUAUGUGUACUAUGGAUUCGUCUGUAUACAACUUGUUCUGUACUCCUUUGCUGAGAAGCCAGGUCGUCCUUCCUACACUCUCCUGGGACAGAAUGAACAAUCGCCGGAGGAGCAGGCGUCCUUCGUUAAUAGAUGGAUCUUCUGGUGGUUCAAUGGACUGGUGAUCAGGGCGUACAGACGCACGCUGGAUAUCAAAGACAUUUGGAAGCAGGUGAACUAUCUCCAAUCAGACACGUGCGUCCCGGAACUGGAAGAAAACUGGAAGGAGGUGGUCUACAGAACGAAAAGCCUUAGAAAGCAACGAAGGAAGUCUUCCCAUGACCAUAUCUAUCAGAAUGGUGCGUUCGAGUCAACACCACUCCUAACCAAUCAAAAAUCAGGAACUGGGUACGGGAUUGAUGGGACCGAAACCCCCCACCAAUCAAACCCGUCGUUACUUAAAGUGGUGAUGAAGACGUAUUGGAGACAAUGGUUUCUUGCCUCGUUCUUCAAAAUUGUUUGUGAUGUCUUCUCUUUAAUCCAACCACUGCUUCUCAAGAUUAUGAUAGACUUUCUUGAGAACAAACACACAGACGACAGACCUAUGUGGAAUGGAUGGGCGUUAGCAAUCAUGUUCUUUCUAUGUGGAGAAAUAGAGUCCAUAUUCUUUUGCCAGGGAGCUUAUGGUAUGAUGACACUUGGGUUGAGAGUAAAAGUAGCGCUUGUUGGACUGAUCUAUCAAAAGUCUCUGACGAUGAGUAACGCAGCCAAAAGUGAGUAUACAAUUGGAGACAUUGUGAACCUGAUGUCUGUGGACUGUCAGCGCAUACAGGACGCCUUCAUGUUCCAGUACGAGAUACUGUCCUUCUUUGUAAUGCUAUCCGUUGCUCUAUACCUUAUUUGGAAUCAGAUGGGCGUGGCCACGUUCGGAUGUAUAGGCGUGAUCAUUAUCAUCUCUGUGCUGAACAUUUAUUUUGGAAAGCUUCAACAGAAGUAUCAGGGGAUUAUACUGGCGCUCAAAUCUAGCCGGAUUAAAUUGUUGAAUGAAGUUUUAAACGGAAUAAAGGUUUUAAAGAUGUAUGCAUGGGAGCCAUCAUUUACGAGUAAGCUGCUCACCAUCCGGUCACGUGAGAUGCUGCUUCUGAAGAAAGUGUGUGUAGUUACAGCCUUUUCCAUGCUUUUUUCUGUACACAGUCCGUUCAUGAUGACAUACUUUAUAUUACUAAUUUUUACCUUGAUGACGUCAAAGAAUUACCUGAGUGCCAGUAAAGUCUUUGUGUCUCUGUCCAUCAUCAACACACUACGAUUCACGAUAACUAUGGUCCCGUUCGUGAUAACAGGCCUCAUACAGAUGCUGGUGUCUGUAAAGAGAAUCGAGGAGUUCCUUAAUAAAGAAGAUCUAAACCCAGAUAACGUAUCUACCUCCAUAAACACAGGUUACGCCAUAUCCAUGCAGGACGGACAUUUUACUUGGGACCGCAGGAAUCCCAGAAACACGUUAAACAGAGUCAAUCUGAAGAUCGGUGAAGGUAAACUAGUAGCCGUUGUUGGACAGGUGGGGGCGGGCAAAUCCUCGCUGAUAGCCGCCAUGUUGGGGGAGAUGGAAAAAGUUCAAGGUCAUGUCAACAUCCAGGGGUCAGUCGCGUAUGUACCACAGGAAGCGUGGAUUCAGAAUCUUACAGUAAAAGAGAAUAUUCUGUUUGGUGGCAAAUUGUUGGAGAAAAAAUACAAACGCGUCAUUCAGGCAUGCGCACUGUUGCCGGAUUUAGCGAUAUUGAGUGCUGGAGACAACACGGAAAUUGGAGAAAGGGGCAUCAAUGUUAGUGGCGGCCAAAAGCAGAGGAUAAGUCUGGCGCGAGCAGUCUACAGUAACUCUGAUGUGUAUCUUUUGGACGACCCUUUAUCUGCUGUUGACAGUCACGUGGGGAAAUCUCUAUUCAAAGAUGUCAUUGGUCCGGAAGGAUUAUUGCGUCAUAAGACUCGCAUUCUAGUGACGCAUGGAGUACAUUGGCUACCCAAGGUAGACUUAGUGGUGGUAAUGGAUAACGGGACCAUCUCAGAAGUGGGAACGUACGAGGAACUGAUGCAGAGACGAGGGGCUUUCUCACAAUUUCUGGAAACGUAUCUUCUUCAAGACGACGAGGAGGACAAAGAUUUAGAAAUUGCCAAAAUCAAGGACGAGAUGUGGGAACAGCUGGAGAGCGUGUCAGACUUCGGUUUGUCAGCAGACGAUUCUGACGUUCUCUCCAGACGACAAAGUGCUAGAAAAGCGUCAAUUAGAAGAAAUUCUCGAUUUUCAAUUCCUGUGGAUGUGAAGCGGAGACUCUCCCAGUUACAUGCCAUAUCAGAAGCAAGUUUUUCUAGUUUUGGCUCAAUGAGUAAGGAAGGGUCGCAGCGACGCCUUUCCAGAUCGACGUCUGAUAGGCGCUUGUCCACUCAGACUAAGAUUAAUGUUUUGGAGAAACUCCAGAGGUCGCUUUCUCAAGGUCGGAUUUUGCCUUACGACAAUGCAGAGGAAUCGGAACCAGUGACAGGAAAACUGAUCGAAGAAGAAAAGUCCGAGGAGGGAACGGUGAAGUUUUCAGUGAUAAUCACCUACAUUAAAGCCAUGGGAGUGGUAGGCACGUUCCUCUCCAUGUUAUUUGUGUUCCUGUUUCAAGGAUUGAACGCCUUCGGUAAUUUCUGGCUGACGUUCUGGACAGAGGAUGAUGUCAUCAAAAACCAAUCACUCGUCAUGACUCAAGAAUACACAAACCGAAAGUACUACUACCUCAUCAUCUACACUGUAUUGGGCGUUCUUCAGGGGGUAUUUCUGUUUUUAUUUGCAUAUCUGGGCCUAACCAGACUAAUUAAAGCCUCCGGAACCAUGCAUUCCUCCAUGUUAUUUUGUAUUUUACGCUCUCCCAUGUCGUUUUUUGACACGACCCCUGUCGGUAGGAUUAUGAACCGUUUUUCCAGUGAUAUCGACAUUCUGGAUGACCGCGUUCCUAGAACGUUCAGGCUGUGGGCGGUCAUGCUGUCAACGUUGUUUGCUAUUCUGGUUGUGAUCUCUGUCAAUACACCCACAUUUUUGAUAGCAAUUGUUCCCGUGGGCAUUCUUUAUGUAUUAAUUCUGAGGUUCUACCUUCCAACAGCUAGGCAACUAAAGCGGAUAGAGGGCGUUACCCGCUCACCCGUGUAUAACCAUUUCAGCGAGUCUAUCACCGGGGCUAGCUGUAUUCGGGCGUACAGAGCCGUGGACAGAUUUAUUACCGAGUCCCAAGUCCGAGUGGAUACAAAUUCAACCUUUUACCACGCAGCAAACACGGCGUCCUGGUGGAUCGCCAUUCGUCUAGAAUUCCUAGCGAACCUUCUUGUCUUAAUUGCUGCCAUAUUUUCCGUUUUCUCUGAUACGCUAACAGGGGCUGGGAUAGGUCUCUCUCUGACUUAUUCCUUACAGGUUGUAAUAGCGCUAAAUCUGGUUGUCCAGUCCGUCAGUGAGAUGGAGAUGAAUAUCGUGUCUGCAGAAAGGGCGGAUGAAUACACUAAACUUUCACCGGAGGCGGAGUGGAUUGAGCCCAGUAAUCGUCCACCUUCAGACUGGCCAGACACUGGUCAGCUGACCUUUAAGUCCUACACCACACGUUACCGUCCAGGGUUAGACCUAGUCCUGAGGGGACUGGACUGUGUCAUAUCAGGGGGUGAAAAGAUUGGAAUUGUGGGUAGAACAGGUGCGGGAAAGUCAUCCGUGACACUAGGUCUGUUCCGCAUCGUUGAACCUGUGGGAGGAGACAUUGAGAUCGACAACGUGUCUGUAUCUUCUAUAGGGCUUCAUGAUCUCAGAUCUAAAAUAACCAUACUACCUCAAGAUCCUGUAAUAUUUUCGGGAUCUCUUCGUUCAAACUUGGAUCCGCUUCAGAUAUUUACGGAUCAGGAUCUGUGGACGGCAAUAGAGAGGGCUCACAUGAAGGACUUCGUCACCAGUUGUGUGGGUCAGCUUAACUACGAGUGUGGGGAGGGUGGCCAGAACUUCAGUGUUGGUCAGAGACAGCUCGUAUGUCUGGCCAGAACACUGCUUUACAAGACGAAGAUUCUGAUCCUUGACGAAGCCACGGCAGCUGUUGAUGUGGAGACUGACGAUUUGAUCCAGAGGACCAUUAAGACUGAGUUCAGUGACUGCACGGUGUUGUCUAUAGCUCACAGACUGAAUACUGUCAUGGAUUACGACAGAAUAAUGGUCAUGGACAAAGGACUAAUAGUGGAGUUUGAUUCUCCCGACAAACUGUUGGAGAACAAGUCGGGAGUAUUCUAUUCCAUGGCGAAGGACGCCAAUCUCGUCAGCUAGGAAUUCAUCAUUUAGAAAUUUAUACAUAGAUAUUGUUUGUUCGUUCAUUAUACAAAUCUUCACAGUGUUAUACGGACUUAGUGACAAUAAAUACUCACGUACGGUU